AUGCGGGACAUCUCGCACAGCUCGCUGCAGUUCCCCCUCUACGAGGGGAUCAAGCUCGCAGUCGCUCGCCAGACGGGCAAGCGCAGCGUCGAUUGCCUCCCCGCAUGGCAGGUGAGCACGAGCACCGAGUACGAAUGGAAGGUUGCAUCCCGAGCAAAUUCGGACACGACGGCCGCGACACCAACACUGAUUGUGGGACGGGUGAGGACGCGGGUGAACCUCUGCAGCGCUGUUGCGAAAUCCACCACGGACGCGGGGAUUGACAGGAGGACUCUGGCCACCACGGAGAUCCGUACGAUCUAUCGCCAAAGAGGCCUUUUGAGUAGACCUGCGCCAGCAGUGCACGCAAGGAGUGUAGCAAUCUUGGAGUGUCCUCGCAUGAUAGGUUCCGAAAUGUUGUUCUUGAAGGCUGUUCGCAUAAGAAUUCAAAGGUUUGACGCGAUCAUCCCAUCAGCGUUGCAAAAUGCAUUUGCCCUUAGCUCAUUCGUUGCAGUGCUCAGCGCGACACGCUGGUGCAGAGUCUUCAGCAGCUUGUUCUGAGUCUCGCGCGCAUAUCCAGUGUGUGCCAGUUGCUUGAGCUAUCCGUCUUGGUGCACACUGUACCAUCCUCGCAUCUCUUUAGCAUGCCAGCGUUCUUUGUCACACUUCUUGCCUGUCGACGCAGCGGGAGGUAUUGCCGGUUUCUUCGCUGGUGCUGGCUACCGUGCUGCUUGCAUGGUUACCUCUCUCGUAUGCCCGUGCAGACGUUCGUCCUCUGCGUCCUUGAGUUCCCCGCUGCCUUUGCUGGGCUCGGCCUCGCACGCUGGCCAGGACAAGACCUGAAGGCUCCGAGUAGACAGCGCUGCAUGAGCCAAGACAGUGCUGGGUGAGCCCCGCUGCACAGCCGA